CAGUAUUCCAGUACUAAACAAAUAAAAUGACAUUAUUUAGUUUUCUUGCAAUCUCCUUCUUCUUGUUUACAAACAUCAUUUCCGCAGAACUCAAUUCAGGACUAGGAGACAGAUUCUUCUUCUGUAUGAUAGAAGAAUAUGAGUGCAGGAUAUCAUGCUUUAAUCAACCUUGCUCACAGAUAUGCACAGUUUCAUAUCUUUUUUAUUCGUGCACAUACACAUGUGGUCAACUCACAAGUGAUUGCAUCGGUGAAACUCCAGAACCACAAACCCCAGCUGUAGUGUUCAGACCAACAGCUAACCCAUCAACAACAACAACAACUAAUGAUGGGUCUGGCUCACAGCAUUCUUCACUUACAAUAGCACAGUCAGUUGGGUCCAUUGCUAGCUAAUUCUUUCUUUAUAUAGGUUUUGUAUAAACAAUAAACAUCAUAUAUUU